AACGAGCCGCCAUUUUGUGUUAGGCCUGCUCAUCCAAAGCGGGAGAAAAUUAAUAGCUCUGCGCAGAGCACACACGACCGUCCGCAUCAAGGCUGAAAGGAUCAACCGCCGGGACUGAGGUUCCGAGUGAAUAUAACGGAGGAAGAACCAACCGAGAGGUGUUGGUAAGCCCAUUGCCAUGGAGGGCGAGGUUAUUACCAUAGAUGCAGCUCAAGCUGCUGCCAUGGCUGCUGAGGGGAAGGUUCUGCCAGAAGAUGGAGAAGCUUUGAUACAAGCGGCGCAGGAUGAAGUGGCCGGGAACAUGGAUAUGAUGGUGAUGGAUGCUCUUGAUCCAACUCUGCUGCAAAUGAAGACAGAGGUUUUGGAGGGAGGCGGCACAGUAACCGUUACUGGUGGAGACGAUGGUCAGAUCAUCACACUGCAGGUGGUGAAUAUGGAAGAACAAGCAGGUGCUGCAUUGGGUCUUGGUCAGCUUCAGCUGGUUCAGGUACCCGUGACUGCAGCAACUGUGGAGGGUCUCCAGGCCACUUAUGUCGAAGCAACAACAGCUAACAAGGAUGUAGAACCAGUUAUUUGUCACACACUUCCUUUGCCUGAAGGCUUCCAGGUUGUAAAAGUGGGUGCCAAUGGUGAAGUGGAGACUGUGGAGCAGGAGGAGCUCCAAGGAACAAGGGAGGAGGAGGAAGAAGAGGAGGAUGAGGAGACUGUGGAAGUGGAAUCCACUGUCCCUCAGCAAGAUGACCCAGAAUGGUCAAAGGACCCGGAGUACCAGCCGAUUGCCUCUGUCCGCAAGGGGAAGAAAGGGAAAAAGAGUCGCCUUCGCUACGCAGAUGGUGAUCGUGACAUGGAUGUGUCGGUGUAUGACUUUGAGGAAGAGCAGCAGGAGGGGCUGCUGUCAGAGGUGAAUGCAGAGAAGGUUGUGGGCAACAUGAAGCCUCCAAAGCCCACAAAGAUCAAGAAAAAAGGUGUGAAGAAGACCUUUCAGUGUGAGCUCUGUAGCUACACCUGUCCAAGACGCUCUAAUCUGGACCGUCACAUGAAGAGCCACACAGAUGAGAGACCACACAAGUGUCACUUGUGUGGAAGAGCCUUCAGGACAGUCACACUGCUGAGAAACCAUCUCAAUACACACACAGGCACUCGGCCUCAUAAAUGCACAGAUUGUGACAUGGCAUUUGUGACCAGCGGUGAGUUGGUGCGCCAUCGCCGUUACAAACACACACAUGAGAAGCCAUUCAAGUGCUCGAUGUGCGACUAUUCCAGUGUGGAGGUGAGCAAGUUGAAAAGGCACAUUCGCUCUCAUACAGGAGAGCGACCCUUCCAGUGCAGCCUGUGCAGCUAUGCCAGCAGAGACACCUACAAGCUGAAGAGACACAUGAGAACGCAUUCGGGUGAGAAGCCGUACGAGUGCUACAUCUGCCAUGCUCGUUUCACUCAGAGCGGCACCAUGAAGAUGCACAUUCUGCAGAAACACACAGAGAAUGUGGCCAAGUUCCACUGCCCACACUGUGAUACUGUCAUCGCACGCAAGAGUGACCUUGGCGUUCACUUGAGGAAGCAGCAUUCGUUUAUUGAGACGGGCAAGAAAUGUCGUUACUGUGAUGCUGUGUUUCAUGAGCGCUAUGCUCUCAUCCAGCAUCAGAAGACUCACAAGAAUGAGAAGCGCUUCAAGUGUGACCAGUGUGAUUACUGCUGCAGACAGGAGCGCCACAUGAUAAUGCACAAGCGUACUCACACAGGGGAGAAGCCGUUUGCCUGUAGCCAGUGUGACAAGACUUUCCGUCAGAAACAGCUCCUGGACAUGCACUUCAAGCGCUAUCAUGAUCCCAACUUUGUCCCCACUGCUUUCGUCUGCAACAAGUGUAGCAAGACGUUCACCCGCCGGAACACAAUGCUGCGUCACGCUGAGAACUGCAUGGGUGAAGCUGCUGGAGAUGAAAAUGGAAUACCUACUCCCAAGAAAGGCCGCCGUGGCAGGAAGAGGAAGAUGCAGUCCAGGAGGGAGGAUGAUGACGACGACGAUGAGGACAAUACUGAGGAAGAACUGGAUGAUAUCGAGGAGGAAGAUGAAAUAUUAGCUGAAAUCGAGGUGGAGCAGGAAGCUCCAGUUGUUCCUAUUCCAGCACCAGUGGAGCCCCCGGUCAAGAGGAAACGUGGGCGACCCCCAAAGAAUAGGCCUGAACCGGCUGCCAUCAUCCGCGUGGAGGACGAGGUCACCGGAGAGGUCGAUGACAUCAUAGUGAAGAAGGAGGUUGGCGCUGAACAAGACGACAUCAGCGGCGCAGCAGAGGCAGAGGAAGUGAUAGUCGGCGGCGUCAAGUCGACCAUUCAGAUGGAGGAGCUGGCUCAGGAAGAAGACGCAGCACAGGAGGUGCAGUUGUCUGAGGCCCCUCCCAACGGAGACCUGACCCCCGAGAUGAUCCUGAGCAUGAUGGACCGAUGAUGGGCGUGAAGGUGGAAUCUGUAAAAACACCCAGACCCUUGAUUUUAUUUUAAUUCUUGUUAUUUAGGAUAAACACUUGCACCAUGCACAGAAACAAAACAUCACAGUUGUAAUUUAAACUUUAAUCAUGUAUUGAUAAACAUUUGGAUAAAGUGGGGUAAAAAUUAGUAAGGAUUUAUCAAACCAAAUAAAAAAAAACAUUUUAAUACAGUUUGGAGUGGCUGUUUUUAUGGCAGUGUCUUGUUUCAGUGAUUUUUGAAGAAAACAAUCAUGUUGUUCCAUCAAUAGUUGGACCCCAACUACGUUUCAGCACGUCAGUGGGAAAAGAUUCGGAUCCUAAUCUUGGUUUGUUUUAGUAGCUGCAAACCAAUCCCAGCAAGUUGUUGUUGAUGGGACUGCAUCUGCUUGUCUUCAUGUGUGCUGGAAACUACUUCCUUGCAAGUGUGUUUAUUAAAAAAAGGAAACAGUUGUAAAGCUAAAAUUAAAGUAUUUGUAUGAGAAAGAUGCCACUAAUAACAGCCACUUCAAAAGUAAGAACUAUGAGAUAUCUUGAUUUUUUUUUCUUCUGUGGUUAGUAUUUUUUAAAUCAUAUACUAGUUUUUAAAAGCUUAAUAGAGUGCUUAUCUCCUGCUCUUUUCCUGCUACUGUAAACCUGUAGAUGUGUAUGUACCAAACUCAGAUGAGUGCAAGGAAAGAAAAAUAAGGUUCUGCUCUCACGUGUAGUCAUUCCACUUUGAGUUCUAUUCCUUUUCUACCGUUGGCGAAGUAGCAGCUUGAACGACCUUUUAAUACGUGUGUGGCAGACGAGGACGGAUGUAUGACUGUACAACCAAUAAAGAAAAAUAGUAGUCAUGAAACUGUUUAGUUUUCUGCAGCUGUAAUAAUUUACAAAGAAUUUUUAAAGCGAGGCUGGAUGGAUUAGCGAUUAAUGUUAUUGGUACAGUUACAACAAAACAGUUUGCUUGACUUGUUUAUUAAAAUUGGCUGGGAAACCGAAUGAUGGGAAAAAAUGUCAACGUAUUUUGCUUGCAAAUCUAUUUUAUUAAAUGGGAAAACUUGA